AUGUGUCGCUGGUUUGCUUACCUGGGCGAUGAAGCCCAGCUUCUUGAAGAUUUGGUUAUUCGGCCGCGCCAUGCCAUUGUGAAGCAAGUGGACGAACACUUCCUACCGGCUGGCCAUUCAACGGUUGAACCGUUUCUUGGGGAGCUUCAGGUCGCUCCUUUGGCGGCCAACGACGCAGGCUCACCGAAUCCAUUGACCAACAUGGACGGAUUCGGCCUCGGGUGGUAUACGUCGACAGAGUGCGAGUUCAAUCCGUAUAUCGAUCCAAAGUGGCCCGAGUCCCUUCGUCCAGUUGUGUACAAAAACACUCGACCUCCGCUCAACGAUUUAGUCCUCAAGAGCAUCGUUCGAGGCACCAGCAGCAAUGCCGUCCUCGCCCACAUCCGCGCAGCACCGGGCCUAACGCCAGUUGUAGAGACCAACUGCCAUCCCUUUGCGUUUGGUCGUCACUUGUUCGCCCACAACGGCAUUCUCGGGUCUUUUCCUCGUAUCCGUACGGCAAUUCUGCAAUAUCUUCCGUUGAGAUACCAGCAGGCCAUUGUCGGGACAACAGAUGCUGAGCACAUUGCGGCCGUGUAUUUCUUCAUACUAUGCGGUAAGGAUGGCGAUUGGGAGUCUGUUUAUGAUGCUGGAGAGAUGACGACGGCGAUGCGGGAGACAAUCAUCAUCCUCGAGAAACUGCAGACCGAGUUUGGGCCGCCAAGCCGAGAGGCCAACACACUCAACCUUGUUGUCAUGUCUGGCAACUCGCUCGUCGCUGUGCGAUAUGCCAGCCCGGAAGGACUGGAACCACCGAGUUUGUACUACUCGACGACGGCUGGCGCAACGCUCAACCGCAAGUACAAGGGAUUUCCGAGCGACGUGAGUGACUCUGCCGAUGGGGGUGACGGGGAUGCCGAAGACGACGGGCGGCUAGAGAAGAAGAAGCAUGGCGAGCACGUUGUGGUAGCCAGCGAGCCCAGCACCUUCAAUCAGGGCGAAUGGGAGCUUAUCAAGCCAUCACAGAUGGUUGUUUCUGAGCUGGGUACUGGUGCCUAUCUCGAGCACCUGUGA